GUGAGAUACCAUACACGGUUGUUAUUUCAGGAACAUGUACGGAUUUACUUCCCCUCCAAUACCGCAAAAUCCUCCCUGGCUGCUUCACUCUUCCUCGAGAUCUCUCCUUUCCUUGCAAAACCAGGGAGGACCAUUUAUACCCACUUGUAGAUAUAGCUAUGGAGGUGAUUUUUACCAUCUUUUGUUUUCUCCUCAAACAUUUUCUCCAAUUUUCUGGAAUUUCAAGAAUAGUAGAAGAAAUACCCUUUUGCGAGCGAGUCGUAGAGAGUCUCCUUAUGAAGUUCUAGGUGUUUCUCCUUCUGCAACCCCCGAUGAAAUAAAAAAGGCGUAUAGGAAACUUGCUUUGAAGUAUCAUCCUGAUGUAAAUAAGGAGAAAAAUGCUCAGGGGAAAUUUAUGAGGAUUAAGCAUGCUUACAACACAUUACUAAACUCCGAAUCUCGGAGGAAGUAUGAUGCUGGAAGUUCUUCUGGCUUUUCAUACUCUGGCACUGAAAGAAGUCAAAGCAGGAACACCCAAAACGAAGAGGAGUUCUAUGGAUUUGGUGAUUUUUUGAGGGAUGUUCAGAUAACAAUAGGGGACUUCUUUCGAGAUCUCCAAGAAGAAUUUCAGAACUGGGAGGCUACUGCUUCAUCACAAGGGAAACCAAAGAGCCUGUGGGAGGAAUUAGCGGAAAUUGGAGAAGAAUUUGUGGAAUUUCUGGAGGAGCUUAACGUAACAGAUACAGAGGUUGAAGCAAAUGAUUAUGGUCGUCCAAUAGACAGUUCAUUUUCUGCUUCAGAGACGAAGAGAACAAAUGGUGUUAAAAAUGAAGAUGGAAAGGGUAGCAGCAUUAAAGAUAACAUUGAUGAGAUUGAAGCUACUCUUGCUAAGCUGAAGAGGGAAUUGGGAUUGUAGCUCUAUUCAAUCUGUUUGGUUUUAUUUAAAUCAAUUGAUUGCAUUCAGUGUGGAGCUAUUAAGAUGGACCAGGCUGAACCGUUUGGUUGGGUUUGGCUAUUAUUGGUUGCCAUGUUGGAGGGGCAGGCAGGCUAAGAAAUCUAAAGCUAAUUUUUCAAUUAAUUAUUAUAAUUUCAUGUUAAAAGAAAAGUAAUAUAAAUUUAUUUGUAAUGAUCAUUUCGUUUCCCGUACUUA